AUGAAAUACACCUUCUUCACUCUAACCACCCUCCUGGCAUGGGCCUGGGCCGCGCCUCAGGACCCUCAGAUACCCAUCUCAACCUCCCUCACGACCCUCACCGUAACCGGCCAACAGGUCCCCGUUCCCACGGAGCCCAUCCCAAACAACCCGGACCCCCUCCCCGUGCCGUCUGUGCCGGUCCCCUCCGAUCCGUCUCAGCCCGCGCCUCCUUCCGGCGGCCCUCAUUGCGUCUGCGGCGCGACCUACUGCGGCAAGGUCCUCAUGGGCUUCCAAGGCUACACAGCCGAGCAAGUCGGCCAAGGCUACUGCUCCACCAACGGCACGGACUGCGCCUCCGCCGCCCCGGCCCCAGAGUCGCUCCAGAACAACCUCUUCGUUUGCAUCUGCCCGCAGGGCCAGAAGGAGGGCUCCACCAUCGAGCUCCUCUGCACCUGCCAGGGCCGCUGCAAGAACGACGAGCCCGACUUUAUCGGCCGCUGUGAGACCCCUUGUAAUCUCGGAUACGCCCCCGCGGCCCCGGUUCCGCUCCCCGUACCCGUGCCGGUUGAGCCUGCUCCCAUCCCGAACGAGCCGGUCCCGGCUCCCGCGCCUCCCGUGAAGCGACGGACGUGA